CUAAUCAUCCGUAUUAGUUUGCUUCCCCUCGCAUAGAGCUCCUUCGUCCUUGCUACGCCCGGUCUAGCGUCAUCUUUGCUCUUGCCACAUGAUAACUGCCGAGAGUUCGAACAGGAUCCUCCACGUGGGGCCCGCGCCGCAUUUGGCCAAGUUGCCGUGCGAGCCUCACAAAUUCAAGAGCAACUCAAGCUGCAGACACUAACCAGGCGCUUCCCAAUCGCCACGACUGCACACCAUCUCGGCCAACAUGAGGUUUCUCUGUCUCCCCGGUGCCUAUGGCAGCUCUGAUAAAUUCCAGGUGCAGUUAGCACCCGUUGUCAAGGAAUUGACCGAUGACUCAACCGCCACCUUCCACUUUAUCGAUGGGCCCUGCAAGGCAGUGCCCCCGGAAGGGUUCGAGGAAUACUUUGGGAAGCCACCGUACUUUCGGUUUAUCGAGCCAGACCAGGAUGUCGAGAAGACCGGGGAAGACGAUAUUUUGGCAAGGAUCCGCGAGUUCCCCAACUGCGAGACACCCGAAGACACGAUGCGGGAGUUGAUGCGAGAAGGCAUCGCCACCUCGCACCGCAGCACCGACAAUGCGCUCAAGUACCUGGUCAAGAUCAUGCAGGAGCAAGGCCCGUUUGACGCCAUCAUCGGCUAUUCAGAAGGUGCGACAGUUGCGGCGACGCUGCUUCUCUACGAGCAGCGCUGCUUCAAGAAGGAGGGAAUCAAGCCCAUGUUCAAGUACGCCAUGUUCUUCGCUGGCUGGCCUCCGGUCGACCCAGACACGCAUGCCAUGGUUCUAAGCGAUGAGUCGGAUCUCAUGAUUGAGAUUCCCACCUGCCAUAUCAUUGGCUCACUCGACCCCUAUGUGCACGGAUCUCUGGCGCUGUACAACGUCUGCGACCCGGACACUGCCUAUCUGUUUGAUCACGCAAAGGGUCACACGUUGCCGCGGGACAAGGACACUGUCAAGGAACUGGGAGACGUGGUCCGGGAAGCGGCCGGGACCUAUGGAAUCAACUGACACAAACCAGCACAUGUUUUUUAGGCGUACUCUUCAUAGCGUUCGCAGACGUGUGCGAUUAUGUACAUUAAGUCUAGAUACUAACGAGCGGGAGGUACCAGGCAGAUUCAGUUGACUCUUUUUUUUUUCGGUUCGAGGCAGCUCAAUUAGCAGAGGUAGCUAAGGUCAAAGACACAAGCUUGGCUGUUAUGUACGAUGCAGACGUGGAUAGGGCCAACCCAAAGACC